GCCAUUCUCAGAACAGGUAAAAUAUUGUUAAAUAAAAAUAGCUGUUAUGUACGUUUUUAAAAUAACAGUUUAUAUUAUAUUAAGGAGGUAAAAGUAUUCAUAUUACUAUCGGUACUCGGGAAAGUGACCAGAGAAAGAUUCCUUAUAAUGAAGUAGAAGUUUUAGUAAAUACCUUAGGACUUAGUCAAUUGAAGUCAUAUGAAAUGUUAAAAACAUUGAGGAGAAGCGGCGUAAAGUUUGAGUCAAACAUAGAGAAAGCCCUGGAUGAAAAAAGUAAACUACUUUCCAACUUUUAUGUCACUGAAUUAUUAGACUUUCAAGAAAAGGAAAAAGAUAAUGACUACGCUACAGUGAAGAGACACUUGGUAUAUAUUGAAGAUAUUACAACAUUUUUGGAUUUUGUAAUGAAAUAUCGAGGGAAGGUUCCACAAAACACAUUUGUAAAGGUUGGAAUAGAUUCAGGUGGAGGAUCACUGAAAGUUAUAGUAAAUCUGUUUGAUCCAACCAAGGACAGGACAGAAGAUAGCAGCUCCUUAGGAUCAUACUCAGGAGCAAAUACGUCACUUGUUUUAGCUUAUUGUGAAAGGGUAAGUGAGAAUCAUUCUAACAUGACAAUGAUUGUGGAAAAAUUAAAAUUGCAUGAAUGCAAGUACUCAUUGGCUUCUGACAUGAAGUUAAUCAACAUAUUGCUAGGAAUUUCGGCUCAUGGAGGAAAGUAUGCAUGUGCAUGGUGUGAAGGCUCUUCAGAAUUAUUUUCUGGAGAGUUAAGAACAUUUCAAUCUUUGAAUAAUUACUAUGAACUGUAUUCAUCUGCAGGAUCUCCGGUGAAAAGAAUGAAAGAAUAUAAGAAUGUCAUUAAUCCUUGUCUGCUUAAGAUAGAAGACAAAUCUCUAAGUAUAAUAAGAGAGAUUCCAUUACCAGAACUUCACCUUCUGAUGGGAUUUGUUAACCAUGUGGCAGAAUUUAUAAUGCAACUUUGGCCUGGAUUUAUAGAUUGGGUCAAGAGCAUUGGAUGCCUUCGAAAAGGUUACCAUGGAGGAACAUUUGAAGGAAACACGUGUAGAGAGAUACUUAAAAGUUGCGACACACUUGAGUUGAUAAUUCCUGUUGAACUGUAUCCUCUCUUAGAAACAAUGAGAAAAUUUAAUAAGGUUGUUCAUGGUGUCUUUAGCUAUAAACUUGACCCAAACUAUUCAAUUUUAAUUGAAAGUUUUACACAAAGCUAUAAGGAUGCACAAGACUAUUGCAGAGAGGUAAUUGCUGUUUUCUUUACCCUUUGUAUUUAAAACCAAGUUAUUGAUAAACAUAUUUAUA